AGCAUUCCGUAGCACAGUUUAGUAGGGCGCUUUUAACAAAAAAUAUCUACCGAUUAUAUCACUAGUCUACUAACCUGAGUUACAAAGUCUACUAUCACAGUUGAAAACUAACCAUGCAAAAUUCACCUGUAAAGAAGAAAAAAAAUAAAAAAGGUCACAAGAAGAAAAAUGUCAAAGAAGAAAAAGAUGCAUUGCAAGAAGUGGAUCGGACCAUGUACAAUAUACAAAUAGCCGAUCUCACCGAAAAGCUCGCCAGAGUAACCAAUAGGUGUGCUGAGUUGGAGAAAAAUAACGAUUUGGAAAGAGAAAAAGCUAAUUCGUUGAAAGAGGGUCAAUGUGACAUCAUUGCAUAUUUAUCGAGACAAGUUGAAAUAAAAAACAACGAGAUCAUUGACUUGGAAAAUACUGUUUCAACAUUAAAAACGACUAUUGAACAUCAAAAAAUAAACUAUGAAGACAUUAUAAUGAAGAAGAAUGGACAAUUCGAAACAGUGUUUGGACAAUUGAAAGCAGAAAUUGGCUUGUUAAAUAGCAAAGUAAAUUCAUUGAAUGAGUUUAAAAAACAAAGAUCGCAAUUAACUGAUAAGUUUUUGAAACAAGAGGAAGAAUUAUCAAAACUAAAAGGAGAAAACGAUAAUUUACUUUAUGAAACUGAAAAAAAACUUAUUAUAGCCAAAGAACAUAUGAAACGUCAAAAUGAAGCUAAGCUUUUGCAACUAUCUACAACGAUUCAGAAUAACCUACAAAAGUUAAUGUCUUCAACUUUUCAAAGAACUUUACAAGAAAAUGUUAUUAUUAAAACUGAAUUAAAUAAAUGUUCAGAUAGUUGGUUCAAAAUGGAUAAAAAAUAUACGUUGCUGAAAUCAGAUAACCUAGAUUUGAAAAUCGAGAACAAAAUGUACAUAAAAGAAAAUAGCCGUCUAAAUAAAAUAAUCAUAGCUCAAAAACAGAUAAUGGAUGCAAUAAAAACUAAAAAAUUAGGUCUUAGCUUACAAAUAAAAGAUUUAUCUACGAAAAAUGAAAGAAACCAACGUAUUGCGUACAGAGCCAGCACAAUAAAUACGAUGAUGAUACAGCUGAAACAGACGUUAAAAAGAAAAAACCAUAAGUUACGGAUCUUAACAAACAAUUUAGCAGCAAUGAAAGCCGAAAUAGAAACAUUGUGUUUGCACAUAUACAAAAUGGAUUCGAUGCUACUAACGACGACAAAUUCGAUGGAAAAAGUUUUGAAAUUGAACGAAGUUGACCAGUCGUUGAGCAAGUACAAGGGUAAUAUUUAUUACACAUUUGUAGCCAAUUUGUACAAGCUUUUCGUUGCUACCAAGUUGAGAAAAGUAGAAAUCAGGGGAUUUGAUUCUAUUAAAGGUGUAAAAGUAACACUCUUGAACAUAAAAAAAAAACAAAGAUCUACACGUUCAGUUUUCAAAUUCCAGAGGAAUCAACUAAAAAUAAAACAUUUAAAACCAAACAAAUAAAGAACCUGAAACACAUAAAUAUAGUAAGUAAUUGUGCUAAUCAGAAUGAUUAGUAUAUUAUAUAGUUAAUGGUGAGUGGCGAUAAAAUUGAUUUAUAAUAAUUCUUAUAAUAGACCUUGUCAUAAAAAGGUGCUAUGAACUAUUUAACUGGGAAAAUCUUAUAACUCACUUGGUCAGAUUUAUUAAUUUUAUAUACAUUUAAUUUGAUAAAAAAAAUAAGUAAAAGGCGCCAUAGGCGGACAUCGGUGAGGGGGCUUAGCCCCCCAAAUAUUUCAUUAGACCCCCAAAAAUCGAAAUGUUAUUAUUACUAAAUUAUUAUUGGAUAAUAUUUGGAUUCCAGAUAAAUGACAUCGGAUAACAUUUAUUAUUGUACUAUAAUAUAAUCGCAUUUGAGUAAUAAUACUGGUUGUACAUUUUAUAUUGUACAUGCUGUUAUUCAGCUUUUUAUCGCAAAACAUGUACCUAUGUAUAUAUUAUAAUAAUAAUUAUUGUCCAUUUGUACCUACAUAACGUUAUUAAACCAAUAGUCACGUCUCACGGGUCAUUUUACAUUAGAUUAUAAAAGCCCCCCCCCUUCAAAAAAAAAAUUCAACCAAAUGUCCGCCUAUGGACUAAAAGCAUAAUAUAAAUUAAUAUAAUGAAAAUAUACUGUUAAUCUAAGUUAUUAAGGUACUAUACUCAAUUAACCGGUAUCUACCAUACAACUAUAAAUUAAGUACCUAUUUGAGAAACAACGUAUUCCAAUAUAUGGUAAUUCAAAGAAAACAAUGAAAAACCAUUUUUACACUAUCAGUUAUAUAUGGUGGAUAAAACGAGAGGUCUAAUGGAAAGAAUUCAACGAGAUACAUGAAUUUAAUUUAAAAGCAUAAAAUUUGUACUUUUUUUUUUAUUGUAAAGAUAAUUAGAGAAUUAUCUCUAAUAUUAUCUCUAGUAUUAACUUUUCCAUGUCUAAAUUUUAAUCCAAAAUAAAUAUUAAGAAAUGGAUAACACAAAUCUAAAUAAUAAAUUAACUUUUUGUACGAUAUUCUACUGUACCGUGGAUAUAACCUGUGAAAACCAAAAUUACAAUGUGUUCUGCAGAACUUCUCUAGCUUCAAAUUCCAAUAUGACUAUAUCUGUAUUACAAUUUACUUGUGAAUAACAUUAUAUAAUAUUAUAUAAUAUA